CAUUCUCGAAUGUCACAGCUCUGUUCGUGUAUGUGUGUGUUAGUUAGUUUUCCUGCAACAUUGAACACACACACAUGAAUGUGAAUUAGCGUGUGCUUGGCAUGUUCUGGUGAGAAUGGACGCUCUGGAGAUCUCCACACGAAACCCACAAGACGAUUUUGAGAUUCUCCUGCGGGUCGGUGGAGGGACAUAUGGAGAAGUUUACAAGGCACGUAAUAAACAGAGUGACGAAUUGGCAGCUAUUAAAAUCAUCAAAAUGGAGCCCGAGGACGAUUUCUCUGUCAUCCAGCAAGAGAUUGUGAUGGUGAAGACGUGUAAACACAGAAAUAUUGUGGCGUAUUACAGCAGUUAUAUCAGGAUGAAUAAAUUGUGGAUCUGUAUGGAAUACUGCGGUGGAGGAUCUCUACAGGACAUUUAUCACGUGACCGGUCCACUAUCAGAGCUGCAGAUCGCUUAUGUCUGCCGAGAGAUGCUGCAGGGUCUUGAUUAUCUACACGGACAGAAAAAGAUCCACAGAGACAUCAAGGGUGCAAAUAUUUUGCUGAACGAUCAUGGAGAAGUGAAACUGGCGGACUUUGGCAUCUCUGCACAGAUCACAGCAACUUUUGCCCGCCGAAUGUCCUUCAUCGGGACGCCAUAUUGGAUGGCACCAGAAGUGGCCGCAGUGGAGAUUAAAGGAGGAUAUAACGAGCUGUGUGACAUCUGGUCUGUGGGAAUUACGGCGAUAGAACUCGCAGAACUACAACCGCCACUGUUUGAUGUUCAUCCUCUGAGGGUUUUGUUCCUCAUGUCCAAGAGCGGCUAUCAGCCCCCCAAACUUAAAGACAAAUCAAAAUGGACGACCGUGUUCUACAGCUUUGUGAAGUCCAUGUUGAUCAGGAACCCCAAAAAGAGACCAAGCGCUAAAAAGAUGCUAACACACUUGUUUGUAACGCAGCAGCAUUUGAAGAAGGAGUUAACUCUUGAACUGCUGGACAAACUCAGACACCCUGAGAAACUCAAAGACUGUUUACAGACGGAUGACGAUGACUUGGAGGUGGUUGUACCAACUUCCUUUCGAAGAAUUCACUCAGUAAACCGACACAACCGGGCGGAGAGAACAAACUCAGAUAUCAGCUUGGAACAAAUUUACACACAAAGACCAGUAGCUGACAAACAACAAUCUUCAGAGGGGACGUUACAACUGUCAGCAGGUCAGUGGACGAGUCAUCCUGUCACUCCCAAUAGAGAGCCAAUCAGAAACGAAAGUUUGGACACAGACGACGAUUAUGAUGACGUGGAAAUACCUACGAGUUAUUUCUUGAGUAACACGUUGCCGCACAGUGAUGAAGUUCCUCCUCCUCUUCCUCCUAAACCGAAGUACCGGAGUAGUUCAGGGGAGAGCAUGACUGCAGAAGAGGAUCAUAGUAAAGCUCUGAGUGUGAGCGGACCAUCACCUUUACUCAGGACAUCCAGUGGCACACACACACGCACACGACCCAUCCCGCGACCACGAUCUGUACGGAGUGUGAAUUCAGAUCCAUCAUCAUUCUCUAGUUUUCACACUGAUCCUCCUGCAGAACUUCAGCCUCCUGAACUGCCACCAAAGGACAGAAGACGCAGACAAGCCCCACAGGAUCCAGUGGAGUGUGUCAGUCCAGUGAUCAAGAAGCCACCGAUUGUGUUCAGGAAGGUUUUUCAUGGCUGUCCACUGAAGGUGAACUGCUCCACCCCGUGGGAACACACCGUCACUAAAGAACAACACCUGAUCUUUGGCGCAGAUGAGGGAAUCUUCACACUAAACCUGAACAGCUCUGAGACCACCAUGGAGCUGCUCUUUCCAGGCAAGUGUGUGUGGCUGUACACCAUUGGAAACAUUUUAAUGUCUGUGUCAGGGAAGUCUUCUCAGCUUCACUCUCACUCUCUGAAGGAACUGUAUGAACAGACGCGCAGAGAGCACCGGAUAGUUGCCUUGCCAACACACAGACUGUUGCCACGGAAGUUUGCAAUCAGCACAAAGAUUCCAGAUACAAAAGGCUGCAGAACAUGUUCAGUGGCUCAGAACACUCAGACUGGGUGUGUGUUCCUGUGUUGUGCGCUGGAGUGCAGUGUUGUUCUGUUGCAGUGGUAUGAACCCAUGCACAAGUUCAUGCUCAUCAAGCAAUUUGAUUUCCCGCUGCCGAGUCCUCUGCGUGUGUUUGAGAUGCUGGUGGUUCCGGACCAGGAGUAUCCGCAGGUGAACAUCAGAGUCAGCAGAGGAACCAGCCCGACACAACCCGUCCAGCUCGGAUACAUCGACCUCAACUCAAACACAUCCUGGUUCGCUGAUACCGGACUCGAGAGUCGCAGUGCUGACAGAGUUCAGCUGAAUCAGUUGGACAGUGACACACUGCUGGUUUUGAUUGACAACUCUGUACACACUGUCAAUUUGGAGGGGUCAACAAAAAACCACAGACACCUACAGACUGACGUCAGCUUUAAAUUAGACAUCGACGCUGUGGUGUAUUAUGACGACACGUUGAUAGCGGUCUGGAAACACGGUUGGCAGAGGAGAGGUCAGGGCUUCUUGGAGAUACUGCAGGAAAUCACAGACCCCAAAAAAACCUUCCGCCUGGUUGGAUCCGACAGAACUGUUGUCUUGGAGAAACGAGCGUGUGAUGACCAAUCAGGACUCUGUAAUCUCUACAUCCUGGAGACGGUUGACUCCGCCCCUGUUUCCUGAGUGUGUGUGCUGUUAUACAAAGUGUGGUCACUCCGGAAAACUCCAUUAAAUGUUCCUUAAUUUACUGUAUGUUAAACUCCUCCUGGUGUUAGUAAAGAUGUCCAUCUGAAUGUAAAAACAAACAACACUUCUGUUUCUUCUGUGUCUGUGUUUGUGUGAUUUCUCAGUGAACAGUCCAUUCUUGAACCAUUACGUGAAGCUCUGGUAUCCCUGAUAGCACACUUACAUCACCCAGACGUCUAUUUGUGGAAGAUGUAUUUUUAGAUAGUUUGCUUAUCUGGAAGACGUUUCCUCUCAGAUGUCAAUAAGACAUUCAGCAGAUGUUUAUGAUUUAGAAUGUUUGCAAAUCUGAUCUUUUUUUUUUUCUCCCCUUUUCUCCCCAAUUUGGAAUGCCCAAAUUCCAAUGCACUCUUAAGUCCUCGUGGUGGCGGAGGACAAAUCUCAGCUGCCUCCACGACUGAGAUCGUCAAUCCGCACAUCUUAUCACAUGGCUUGUUGAGCGCGUUACCGCGGAGAUGUAGCGCAUGUGGAGGCUUCACGCUAUUCUCCGCAGCAUCCACACACAACUCACCACGCGUCCCACCGAGAGUGAGAACCACAUUAUAGCGACCACGAGGAGGUUACCCCAUGUGACUCUACCCUCCCUAGCAACCGGGCCAAUUUGGUUGCUUAGGAGACCUGGCUGGAGUCACUCAGCACGCCCUGGAUUCAAACUCGCGACUCCAGGUGUGAUAGUCAGCAUCAAUACUCGCUGAGAUACCCAGCCCCUACAAAUCUGAUCUUUUUAAGAUGUUUAGCAAAUGUUAUUUAGACCCAGAUAGCACACGAACAUCUCCGAGAUGUCUGAUUUAGAUCUUUUCACCUGGAAAGCAUCGCACUCUAAUUAAUAUCUGCUAUACAUCUUAAAAAGAUCCGAUUUACAAACAAUCUAAAUCAAAAAUGUCUCAAAUACAUCUGCUGAAUGUAGGCAUUGCAGGGAUAAUAUCGGUGUGGAUCUCUUUAACUUUGUUAGGAAUUACAAAUGUAUAGAUAUCUGACCACAAACUGUCAGUAAAGAGCGAAGGAAAAUCCUGCUUCCACUUCACAACUGUUGAGGAAAGUAACUUAUACCUUUAGUUUUAUUUAUUUUCCUAAUGUGAGAGUUUUUACAUUUUCUAUCCAUAAUAUCAGUGCCUCCAAUAGUAAGACAUGGAAGUAGUCCAGCUGCAUAAUUAUAUAUACAUGUACGUUUUGCUUUAACGAGGUGGAGUAAUUUUGGAGAAAUACAGCUAACAACUCUUAAAUAUUCCUUUUGAGGUGCAUUAUCACUGUUAUAUUAAAGGGGUCAUGAAAUGCAAUUUUUAAAUAAUUUUGUUAUCUUCCCUGAGGUCCACUGAUAAUAUCAGUACAGUUUUUUGCACAAAAACUGUCAUAGUUUAAUAAUAAAUGAUAAUUUUCCAUCCAGUCUCUGGCCCUCUCGGUUUUGGUCUCAGUGUCUCCAUUAAACUUCAAUGUAAACGCCCACUGUUCUGAUUGGCCCCUCAAAUUCAGCCAUAUUUGAAACUCAAUUGGAAGAGAAUAAACAAGCGCUCCACAACAUUAUAAAACUCCAUUUCAAGGUUUACAUAUAACGCACGUCGCAUCCCAUUGCAGUCAAGUCCAAGUGUUUUUAACAGCCCCAUUCUUCAAUAACAGUUCCUUUGCAAUGCUGAAUCGCAUUACGACUGGUUCACAAGAAGUCCACGCUGAUAUUCGCACAUAUACAAUCCAAAGCACGGUCAAACAUAACGCACAAACAUAAGUGGCGCAGAUCGCCAGAAAUGCAUCCAAACGGUUAAAGAUGUCCAGCUAGUAAAUACAACUGAGCAAUGUCUCGUGACCUCAGUUUUCAAAACGAGACGUUUCAAAUAGGUGGGAACUAUAAAGGCUCUUUUUAGACUGGGGAGGAAGUUUUGAGUUCUGAAAUUUACAGUAUGAUUUAUAGUACAUAAAAUGCAUAGACUAUCAUUUAAUUGCUAACAAAAGUCUUCAUCAGCCAACUAACAAAGUACAAUGCAUCUAUGUGAACUUCUGCAGUUAUUCAUUUUAAACCAUGACUUGCACUGCACAUAAAUAUCUAAUAUUGUCAUUAUAUUCAUGUUGUUUAGUCAGAGGGGAACUGGCACCCACAGUGAGUCUGGUUAUACUAGUAUUUUUUAAUAAAUCAACA